AUGAAUAAGGAAGUGUGUAAAAGGUUCAAGAAUAUAUGGGAAUGGAUUUCCGAUGAAUUGAUUGAACGAAAUGAUCAAUAUAAUGAUUUUGGACAUUUAAAUAAUAAUUGUAAUCAUAAUAAUUUUUUAAAUAAUUAUUCUUGUAAUAAUAAUAAUUUUAAAAGUGAUUUGGAUAAAAUAAGUGCUGGAUGUUUAUAUUUGUUGGAUCAAUUCUAUAAGGAUUGUGGUGUAGCUCCCUCUCCUGGAAGAAAUAACAUCAAUAUUGUUGAUUACAUUUUGAUAUGGUUAAGUUAUAUGUUAAACCUGGGCAAAAGUAAAGAAGAAGACAAUAUAAAGGAUUUUUAUAAAGAAUAUAUAUAUGAUUGUGAUAAGUAUAACAAGGGAAUAAAUGAAUUAACUGAUUAUGAUAGUUAUAAGGAUCUUAUAGAUACAAAAAUGGAUGUGUUGAAUAUGGAUAUUAAUAUUGUAUCUAAAUUUUAUAAAGCAUUUAAAUCAUUAUGUGAAAUGUAUAAUGAACUUGAUAAUGAAAAUAACGAUUGCAAGAAUUAUUUGGAAGAUGAUAAUGAAUUUGAUAAAAAAUAUAAAGAACUUAAGAAUGAUUCUGAUAUUCCUGAUAAAAGUCCAUAUAAAGAAAUAUUGUCUACUUUAUCAACUGAUUAUGAUAAUUUUAAAAAGGAAUGUGAAGUUAUUUCAUCCCCUCCAUCGGCAGAAACAAAAGAAGAUCCUGGAAAAACUCUUGUGCAUAGUUUUGGAGAAGGUUCUGAAGAAUAUUUAGUACAAGAUUUUACACAAUAUUCUGAACUGGAUUCUGAACCGAAUUCUGAUGUUGCAUCAUCAAGUUCAUCGAUAGUAAGCAAAUUAAUUCCAGUUUUAUUGAUAUUUGGUGCGAUAUCAAUUUUUUUGGGAAUUUCUUAUAAGUAUUCAUUAUUUGGAUUUCGGAAACGAGCUCAAAAACAAUAUUUAAGAGAAAAAAUAAAAAAUAUAAAGAAGAGAAUGAAUCGUUAA